CAGACCCUCCCAUAAUCAGACCAAAACAUCCACCUCUCUCUCUCUCCCCUCCCAAUUCCCCACUUAUCGCAUCGCCAUAGACGUAUGGCAUAUCCUAUACAUGACUGAUCAUAUUUCCUUCUUAUUCUAGAACUCUCACACACACCUUCUCGCUUUGGAUUCAGCUGCAAAUAUAUAUACAAUCACUUACAAAAAUUACAUGCAUCGGAACCUUUUUUUAUUACAACACCUAGAAGGCAAUACCAAAAUCUUCUGAGAGAUUAUUCGUGUUAUUUCUCGCUUCUACUUCUGGUUUUAUCCCAUGGUUUCUGGCUUCCAAACAUGCCCUCUAGUCCAGACUUCCAGUUUUCAUUCUCAAGGUGGUUUGGAUCCGGAAUAUUCCGGCGACGGACAGUUCCACAGGAAAAUAGCGACUCCAUUGACGACUCUCCAACUUUGAACACCGUUGAGUGUUACGCAUGUACAGAAGCUGGAGCACCUGUUUUUCACUCCACUUGUUGCGACAGAGCAAACCAGCCCGAAUGGGAAGCCUCAGCCGGUUCAUCGCUAAUUCCGAUUCAAUACCGGUCCGGUCCAACAACCGACGAGAACCGGUCUACCUGCAAUCGGCGACCUUCGGGACCAUUUGGCCGGGUUUUGGACCCUCGGACCAAGAAGGUGCAGAGAUGGAACAGAACUCUGUUACUGGCACGUGGCAUGGCCUUGGCCGUUGAUCCUCUGUUCUUCUAUUCCCUAUCCAUCGGUCGCAGUGGCUCGCCUUGUUUGUACAUGGACGGUGGAUUGGCGGCGAUCGUGACGGUGCUUCGCACGUGUCUAGACGGAGUUCACCUCUGCCACUUGUGGCUUCAGUUCCGGUUGGCGUACGUGUCGAGAGAGUCGUUGGUGGUUGGGUGUGGGAAGCUCGUGUGGGACCCACGUGCCAUUGCUUCUCACUACGGCCGGUCACUUAAGGGGUUCUGGUUCGACGCUUUCGUGAUACUCCCGGUCCCCCAGGCUGUAUUUUGGUUAGUGGUACCAAGAUUGAUCAGACAAGAAGAGAUAAAGCUCAUUAUGACCAUACUUCUGCUAAUCUUCUUGUUCCAGUUCCUCCCCAAGGUCUACCAUUGCAUAUCCCUAAUGAGAAGAAUGCAGAAGGUUACAGGUUACAUAUUCGGCACCAUUUGGUGGGGUUUUAGCCUUAAUCUCAUUGCCUACUUCAUUGCCUCUCACGUUGCUGGGGGAUGCUGGUAUGUCCUUGCGAUACAACGUGUAGCCUCAUGCCUCAGGGAGCGCUGCGACAGAAAAAACACAUGUAGUUUGUCUUUGGCGUGCUCGGAAGAGGUUUGUUACCAGUUUCUGUUACCAGCAGACACUAUAGGGAAUCCAUGUGGUGGGAACUCAACAAUUACUGUCAGAAAGCCAUUGUGCUUAGAUAUGAAUGGAACAUUUCGUUAUGGGAUCUACAAAUGGGCUCUCCCAGUCAUAACUAGCAACUUGAUCAGGGUUAAGAUCCUUUAUCCCAUAUUCUGGGGUUUAUUUACUCUCAGCACUUUUGGCAAUGACCUGGAACCAACAAGUAACUGGUUAGAGGUGAUCUUCAGUAUAUGCAUUGUGCUUAGUGGCUUGAUGCUCUUUACUCUGUUGAUUGGGAACAUUCAGGUAUUUUUGCAUGCUGUUAUGGCGAAGAAGAGAAAAAUGCAACUAAGGUGUCGAGAUAUGGAAUGGUGGAUGAGGCGGAGACAAUUGCCAUCUCAACUGAGACAAAGAGUUCGCCAUUUUGAACGCCAAAGAUGGGCAGCCAUGGGAGGAGAAGAUGAAAUGGAAAUGAUUAAAGACUUGCCACAAGGGCUUCGACGAGAAAUUAAGCGCUUUCUUUGCCUAGACCUCAUAAAAAAGGUACCUCUGUUUCACAGUCUGGAUGAUCUUAUCCUUGACAACAUCUGUGACCGUGUUAAGCCACUGGUCUUCUCCCGAGAUGAGAAGAUCGUUAGAGAAGGAGACCCUGUUCAGAGGAUUGUGUUCAUCGUUCGUGGGUGUGUAAUAAGUAGUCAAAAAUUAAGCAAAGGCAUGGUAGCCACAAACAUUUUAAAACCCGGAGGCUUUUUGGGUGAUGAACUUCUUUCAUGGGGCCUUCGCCGCCCAUUCAUAGACAGACUUCCAGCCUCAUCUGCAACAUUUACUUGUGUUGAAUCAACAGAAGCAUAUGGCCUCGAUGUUGAACAUGUUCGAUACAUCACUGAUCACUUCCGCUACAAAUUUGCUAACGAGAAGCUUAAGCGAACAGCGCGAUAUUAUUCAUCCAACUGGAGAACAUGGGCAGCCGUGAAUAUACAGUUGGCUUGGCGACGGUACAUUCGGAGGACUAAGCUUCUGGUGGAUCAUGAGAUGGAGAAUGGUGGCAGUACUGAGCAUCGGCUUCGGCAGUAUGCUGCAAUGUUCCUGUCUCUCAGGCCACAUGACCACCUUGAAUAAGAACCUACUGGGACCUUAAUGUGGCAAAAAUGGGAACUGAUUUUGAUAUGAUUUUUCAGCUUUUGAUUUGAAGGUGGACACAGACAGGUAUUUCUAUUAAAUGAGCUCAAUGGCACACGAUUUGUAUCAUUGUAUGAAGAACAACUUAUCCGUUGUGUUGUAUAUGAUUUUGUGAUGGUAUUUCUUUAGCCAACACUAUGAAC